CCCUCAGUUCGUGCUGGCGCUCAUGAGACGGACUCCUUAAUAGGCUCCAUUCUCUUUUCUCCUUAACCCCUACCCCGUACAAUGCCUCCAGCGAACCACAAGAAACCUGUUGGAUUCGCAGUACACAUAUCUGCAGGAGGCAUCGCCGGUGCCUGUGAAGCGUUAGCAUGUCAACCGCUAGACACAAUCAAAGUUCGUAUGCAGCUCUCGAGAUCAGGUCGUGUCCCCGGGACAAAACCUAGAGGGUUCUUCGCUACUGGCGCGUACAUCGUUCGAAGAGAAACCCCCCUGGCGUUGUAUAAGGGUCUCGGUGCUGUUCUCUCUGGAAUCGUACCCAAGAUGGCCAUUCGUUUUGCCAGUUUCGAAGCGUACAAAGGGUGGUUGGCUGACAAGGAGACUGGGCAGACUAGCCUCGGAAACAUCUUCCUUGCUGGGCUCGCUGCAGGAACAACUGAAGCCGUCGCCGUCGUAACACCUAUGGAAGUGGUCAAAAUCCGGCUACAAGCCCAACAACAUUCGUUGACCGAUCCUUUAGAAAUCCCACGUUAUCGUAACGCUGCUCACGCUGCCUUUACCAUCGUCCGAGAGGAGGGAGCGGCAGCCUUGUAUCGGGGUGUUUCUUUAACCGCUCUCAGACAAGCAACAAAUCAGGGCGCAAAUUUCACGGUAUACCAGGAAGUGAAGAAAUUUGCCCUCCGCGUCCAACCCGAAUUCCAAGAACUACCGUCCUACCAAUACAUGUUGAUCGGCCUACUAUCUGGAGCAGCUGGUCCGCUAUCGAACGCUCCAAUCGAUACCAUAAAGACUCGUUUACAAAAAGCCACUGCACAACCCGGUGUUUCUGCUUUGCGCCGCAUAGUUACUAUCGGAGAAGAAAUGUGGAGGCAGGAGGGUGUCAAAUCCUUUUACAAGGGCCUAACGCCGCGUAUUUUACGUGUCGCUCCCGGCCAAGCAAUAGUCUUUGCUGUAUAUGAGAGGGUCAGCAAGGUCAUUGAGGGGAUGAGGCCGAGUACAGACCCGCAUGGAUAUUCAGAGUAAUCAUGGUUUAGGAUUCGUGGUGUUGGUGAGAGCUGGAUGUUGUUGAAUAAUGAUCCAUUAGAGCACGUAAAUUGUCGUGGAAUCGUGUC